AUGUCCACCCCCGACCCACCUGUAUGGGCUGCACCCAACGAUGUAGAAGGAUUCAGGCGGAUGUAUGAGGCCGACCCUGUUGAAUUAUUCAACAACAUCGCCACCCUCGUCCAGCGCGUCCGCCUCCAAAGGGACACCCUUCAUACACAACUCACCGCCGCCAAUGAAACCAUCGACAACCUCGAGGAGCAGAUCAACCGGCUCAACCUCGACCUCAAUGUCGCCCGCGCUGCUCCCGCCCCUACCGUCGCUGCCCCUGUUGCCGCUGCUCCUCCACCUGCUCCUGUCCCCGCCUUCAGGUCCGAAAAGUUUCCAGACCCUGAAAAAUUCGAUGGCACCCGCACCAAGCUCCCCGGAUUCACUACCCAACUUCGAAUGAAACUUGAAGUCAACCACGAUCGGUUCCGGAACGAGGCAGCAAAGGUCAUCUAUGCCGUCAGCCGCCUGGAAGGAAGGGCCCUUGACCAGGUCGUUCCACUCGUUAACGCUAACCCCGCCGCCCCCUUCUCCUCUGUCACUGCCUUCGUCGCCCAUCUGGAAGCCUCGUUUGGGGACCCAGAUCCCCGGGGUACCGCCCGUCGUCAACUCGUUGCCCUGAAGCAAGGCAAAGGGGACUUCGCGACCUAUUACUCGCAGUUCCUCCGCAUCGUGGCAUACCUGGACUACAACGAAGGAGCCAAGAUCGAUGCCCUGGCCGAAGGACUGUCGGAAGACCUGAAGGACGCCAUGACAUACUGA